AUGGACACGAAUGAAGAUCAACCUAUGGACACGGAAGUCAACCCAGUGGAUUCUACGCCACAUAGCGAACCCAUGCCUUCAACAAGUCAGGCGCAGUUCAUGCAACAAACAGAUGAGGCGGACUCUGCUCUGACCGAGUUGGAUCAAGACAUGAGAGCUAUAGUUGCUACAAUACCGCAAGCACGGGAUCCCUUUCGUGAUAUACCCGUGAAAGUUCAUAUAAGGCGACCGGAGAGAGAUAAUUGGACCUACCUCGGUCGCGGCAUUGUGUCCCAGGAAGUACAGCCCGGACAGUCCGUCCGUCUUGUUGUGCGAUCAGUCUCCUCCCACAAAGUGCUCAUCAGUUUUGGGGAGGACGUCCCGCUUCAAGCGGAGAAACGCGGCAAUUUCGUCGUCGUUGCGACCGUAGUUGAAGGCAACCGUGUCAUUUCUUGGUCGUUAAAUGCUCAGAAUAACUCCGAAACCCUUCGCCUCCUUGCUAGCAUUGAUCUUGCAUGUCACUCACGCAAGCCAUUCGUCACGGAUUCCCAAAGCUUGCACCGUCGUCGUGUUGCGCGUAUGAUUAAAGACGACCGCAAGCGCCGCCACAAACGCCGCAAGGAUCAGGACGCCAUGGUUGCUGCCUUUGCUCGCACUGGCAUCGAAUCAGGGCCACCCGAACAACUAGCAGUCGGUGAACCAGCCGCCACGCAGCCGCAAACAUAG